UCAGACAGUAUUAUGCUUAUAUAUUCAAGGGUAUCGACGACAGGUUUGGUAGCAUUCAAAAUCAAGGAACAAAUCUGACUUAUGCUGGUAGCCCUGGAAAUACAGGAUUAGCAUUUGCAUCAUCGAUGUGUCGAAACAUAUCAAACUCGUCAAUAGUUGAAGAUAUAUUCGAAUACAGAACUGUCACAUUUGCAACCCAGCAAAUUGCACGUGCUCUUGGUACAAGAGAUGAUAUGGACAACAAUGACUGUCUCGAGUUCUUUAACUACAUGAUGGUCCCAAAGUUCAAGUUGCCGAUAAAGUCAUUCGGAUCAAACAAAUGGAAGUUUUCACAAUGUUCCGAACAGUACAUUAAUGACUAUAUAGUAGAACUGAAUGAUGAUGGACUAACGUGCUUGAAAGAAUCAUCAUUAGAAGUAAGAUACCCCCCUGAAUUAGCCGGAUUGAUUACUGAACUGCCCGGUGUUACAUAUACUGGUAGACAGCAAUGCGAAAAUGCAUUUGGUUUGGGCUCAGAUGUUUGCCGUAAAGAAAUAAAAACAGAAUAUUCGCAAAUUUGCGGAGGACUAUUGUGUACAUUUCCGGGGUCAGAGUAUUGUGGAUUUAUUCUACCAGCAGAUGGAACUCCAUGUGGUAACAAAAAAUAUUGCCAUGAAGGUAGCUGUAUUGAAAAUAACAGUGCUCCCGCGAGCUCUGACACUUGCGCAUUUGGCAAUGAACCAAACAUAGGCUGCUUCAACCUUGUUGUAAGUGAACCAAGUCAGUGCUACAUUGCCGACAUUAGACAUACGUGUUGCCAGACUUGUGAAGCAUUAUUUACCGGGAUUACUGGUUGUGAAUACGGUGAUAGGUCUGAUGAUUGUAUGCGGAUUGAGUGUGAGAACGGCGAUCAAGAUUAUGCACCGAAGACAUGUUGCUUAACAUGCUUCGAUGGACCUACACCAUUUGCUAGACCACAACUGAGUACCAUGACAGAAAUGUCAGUGUCACAUACAUCUACUACUGCAACAACAGCAAUAACUACAGCUGGAAUUACAUCAACAGCAUCGAAUCCUACAACAACUUCACAAUCAUCGAUCUUACCUCUUACAUAUGCUAACCAUACUCCUUCAACGUUUUCUUCUCUAUGGUCAACAGCUGCACCAGCGAAAUCAUCGGAUAACCCUUCCUCGUCGACUUCAUAUAUCUCGUCUUCUACAACGUCUUCAGCCUUUAUCCCCACUUCAGAUAAACACGCUCCCCGUGUAGAUACAACAACCAUUGAAGAUAAGCAAAGUACACUUGAUGUUAUUAAAUUACCAACUUCAAGUGCUUCUUCUGCAAGUACAUAUGAAGAAUAUCAAGAUAUAUUUGAUGGACACACAACUAAUAUUCAACCUAAUUUCGACCGCAGAAUUACAACCUCAGCGUUCGAUGAUGUCGAAUACUUAACAACAGAACUUCCAACAUCUGAGAAACCUUCGGUAGAUGCAACUAACAAUGUUGAACAACCAUCUACAUCUCAGCUAUUACAGUCUAUAAAAACGUCUACGGCAACAACGGAGGCGUCUCAAAAUCAUGCAUCCGCCGGAUCACAACCGACAACGGAGAGUGUUCCAGAAACAACCACAGUCCGUCCUGUUCAAAGGGACAAAUGUGCAAUAACACCGAUUUGUAACUGCAUUGUUAAAGUAGCUCCAGUUUCAAGUACAAUCCCUGUCUCUAGUGCGACAUCUUCAAAACAAAAAUCAUCGGACCAUAGUUCUGCAACAAAAUGUAUUUCUGCUAAUCAUAAAGACACCAACCAGUCGGUGAUAAACAGGUUAUUUUUUAAAAGUCUGGCCGGGUCAAUGCAGAAAAGUCAACGUCGUAUUAGUAACAGCGUAUACCGAAACAUAAAGGCGUUAUAUACAGCUAUCAGUGGACAUCUUAAGGGAUUUCAUCGAGAGUAUGAAAACGAAAACGAGUCCGGUCGAGAAGGAAAUGAGAUUCGGUCAAAUGAUGACGACGAUGUGAACAGAAAACUAAAGCCUAUUUGGAAGAAGCAGUAUCGUGAUUUAAUCAGUAAUCUGAAGAGAGACAUCAGGGAAAUGCGCUACAAAGUUCUUGCUUUACUUAAUAGGCAUCUUAAGGACAUAAGUAGUUAA